CCACUGCCCCCAUAAAACCCUCCUCCUUUCCUCUCCGCGGCCGUGCUCGCCUCCCGUCCCCUCUGCCUCUGGGCAAUGGCGCUCAUCAAGGUGGAGGAGGUCAUGCGUGCCGUCCUCACCUGCCUCCCCGCCCCGCCCUACCCGACCGCCGGUGGCUCCCGCCCCUCCCCCGGCGGCCACGGCGGCGGCGGCACCGAGGACCGCAUCAGCCGGCUCCCGGACGCGGUGCUCGCCGACAUCGUGUCGCGCCUCCCCGCCAAGGACGCCGCGCGCACCGCCGCGCUCUCCAGGCGCUGGCGCCGCGUCUGGGCCUCCGCGCCGCUCGUCCUCGACGACUCCGACCUCCUCCGCGCCCUCCCCGGCGGCGGCGGCUUCGACUGGUUCGGCACCACCGACGCCGUCUCCCGCGCCAUCGGCGCCCACCGCGGCCCCAUCCGCUGCGUGCGCCUCGCCUGCUGCAGCAUGGAGCUCGCCGCGCGCCUGGGCGUUCUCGACUACUGGCUCCGCCGCCUCGCCGAUGGCGGGGCCGAGGACCUCGUCCUCGUCAACCGCCCCAUGCCCCCCGCCCUGCACCUCCCGCCCGACGUUUUCCGCAUCGCCUCCCUCCGGACCCUCUACCUCGCCUUCUGGGGCUUCCCGGACGCCGCCGGCCUCCCGUGCGGCCCCGCCGUGUUCCCCCGCCUCCAGGAGAUCGGCCUCUGCAGCGUCGGAAUCCACGCCAGGGGCAUCGACCACCUGCUCGACUGCAGCCCCGUGCUUGAGAAGCUUGCCAUCGUCGCCAGCUUCUUCGUGCCCAGCCACGUCCGGAUCCGCAGCCGCAGCCUGCAGUGCCUGGUCCUGUGGAGGUCUCUGACGAAUGAGCUCGCCGUGGUCGUCGCCCCGUGCCUCCAGCGCUUAAUCCUGUGGCCGGAGUUCCCGUGCGAACCGGCGGACUCUGUCUUCAGCACCAGGGUUAGGAUUGGCUACGCCACCGUGCUCAAGGUGCUCGGCUACCUUGAACCAGGCCUCCACCAGCUACAGAUCGGCGGCACCGUAAUUGAGAGUGGAACGAAGAUGAUCCCAUCUACCAUGAUUCCAAGUGUUAAGGUCUUGGCCCUGAAGGUGCGAUUUGGAGUCCGAAAGGAAGCCAAGAUGCUGCCCACCUUCCUGAGAUGCUUCCCCAAUGUGGAGACAUUGCAUGUUCUGUCUCAUGAAGCUGAUGAACCUGCUGGCAAGCUCAAUUUGAAGUUCUGGCAGGAGGUUGGCCCCAUCGAUUGCCUAGAGACACACAUCACCAAGGUGGUGUUUGACAGGUUCAGAGGGGAGCGCUAUGAACUCGCGUUCCUCAAGUUUGUCCUAGAGAGGGCGCAAUCGCUGCUGAAGCUAGUGGUUGUGUUGGCCAAUGGGGAUCAAGCCUCAGUGGAUGAGAUGCUCAGCAAGCUGAAAUCUCUAACCACGGCACAACGCGCUAGCGAAUGCCCUACUCUGUUGGCAGUCGCCCGUGAUGGAGACAGUGCUUGGUGCUUUCAGAGAGCAUCAGAUCUGUCUGUAAGUGACCCCUUUGAUUGGUGAUGAAGCUCAAGGUGAUGACAUGGCCCAUGAUUAAUUCUAGCGUAUUGUGGAGCUGAUCGGUUGCUUUUUGUCAGUAUUCUAGCUAUGCGCACCUUAGAAUGUUGUAUGAUGUUGUGUCAAUCUGACAAGUGUGAGUACAGUUCUAAGUCAAUCAGAAGAGGUGUAUAGUUCAUGCAAUGACUAAAUGCUUCUUGACAUGUCACAAUUGGAAAGACUGCACUUGUGGUAAUCUGCAAUAGUGACUCCUGACUUCCUGAGUUGAGUACUUAUUAGUGUUGUCACUAGCUAGUUUCUCGGUGGAUAUUUACUGUACGCUGAGCAGAGUUGGUACGGAAAUGCGACCCCAGCUCCUCUUUGUAUUGUUACAUUACGUGUAUGUCAACAACUUCAGUAAAAGUAUUGUUGCAUGUUGUGUGAU